GCAUACCAACCAAAAGCAGAGCACGAGCAGGAGCAGGUUUCAGACUGGAGAUGCAUCCGCAGCACCCGUUUGGUUGUCUGGACUCUGCAUCUCUCUCUCACACACACACACGUCUCCUACACCCAUUUCCUCUAUAAAUAGAGGGGCAUGGCAUCACGAGCACCGUUCCAUGCCACAAGCAAAUCCAAGAUCGAGAACCCAGCUGAACUGAACAGGAGACCCACCACCAUGGCACAGUCCAAGCUUCUGAUUCUCCUCCCCGCCCUUCUCCUCCUCCUCGUUCCAGUGCAAGGGGCGAGGCCGGUGGCGGCGAGCCCCAAGAAGUGCGCGGCGUCGAGCGUGACGGUGGAGCAGGCCAACACGGGGGAGAAGGCCGGGUACGACCCGGUGUUCGAGGUGGCGGUGCGCAACACCUGCGGCUGCGCCGUCCGCGGCGUGUACCUCCGCUCCGAGGGCUUCGCGAGCUCUGUCGCCGUCGACCCGCGCCUGUUCCGGCGCGAGGGCCGCGACUACCUCGUCGGCGACGGCCGCCGGAUCGAGCCCGCGUCCGCCGUGCGCUUCCGCUACGCCUGGGACCGCGCGUUCCGGAUGACGGCCGCCGCCGUGCAUGACGACUGCUCCUGAUGGACAGCGCGCGAGCUGCUCCACCGAUCGAUCGAUCGAUCUCCGGCCAAAGCGAGCUGAUCAAGUUGGCUGCCAGUCCAAAGGGAUUGCUUCCGGCGGGGCCGUCGGAUUCCAUCCUGCCAGAGCAGAGGAGCCUUCAGCGAGUGAAGUGCGGUAGCCAGUAGCACCUGUAUACCGAGAGCUUUCUUCUUUCUUGGUAUUUGGGAGAUACUUGUCGUCGUUGUCGUGGCAGUGAACUCACUUUAUUAUACUACAGUUUGUUAACUCGCAAAAAGAAAACUUAAUUUUGUGCUUAUUAAGGUGUUCAUCAUUCUAUAAUUAUAAAAGGUCUACUAGUUUGCCGAA